AUGUGUUUACAGUCUACGAAACGACUAAGAGCACUAAAAACUGGAGUAAGAAGCGGGCAAAAGAAGUCUCCAUUUCUGCAUAAUAGCUUGUUUGAGAAGUUUGGACGUGUGGUAGAAUGUGAUAUAAUCAGCAGUUAUGGAUUUGUACAUAUGGAAGAUGAAGAAGAUGCAAACGCAGCAAUUGCCGCCUUAGACGGACACAGUCUACACAACUCUAAGAUGCAUGUAGAGCUUUCACACGGAAAGAGGAAACCACGUGGAGGUUUCAGAGGAGGUGGUGGCUUCAGACAGGGUGGUCGUGGUGGAGGAGGUGGUUACGGUAGAGACAGCUACAGCAGGGGACCACCAUCACGAGGACCUCCUAGAAGAGACUAUGGAGGUGAUAGAUUCAGAUCUGAGCCAUCCUAUGGGCGAAGAGACAGUUACAGACGCGACAGUGACAGCAGAGAUGGCGGAAGAGACAGGAGGGGUCCACCAAGGGAUUCAUACAGAGAUAGAAGUCCAAUGGGAAGAUCUUCAGAUUAUCGACGUCCUUCACCCGGCAGAUAUGAUGACAGAUCUUCUGGUUCAAGAAGAGACCCACGCAGAUCACCACCUUCCCGACGCAGCAGCGCAUAUCGGCCAUAUUGAUCAAAGGAAAUGUGGAGAAUCAUGGAUCGUGCGACAGAACAAACAUUUUAGUGCAACUUACACCAUAAUGAGAGAACAAUUGUAAAUUAUUACUGGUUAUCAGUGGUCACGAGAGUAUGAACAACUGAACCAGUGUGAUUGUAUAUAUGGACACAGAAACUUUUGUAUCUGACAUAUAAGGUAUCAAUAGCAAAUAUUUAAUAGGGCACCUACAUUUCUAGAGGGUAUAACAGAGAUAUAUCUUCCGAGCACUGGGGUUUAGGAUCUCAGUAACUUAAAAGUAGUGUUUUGUUAGUACAGGAGGAUUGGCUCCCUGGGAUGCAAUAUUUUCCAACAAUGAAAAUGUCAGAAUUUUCUGACAUUAUAACUGAUUAUAAAUUCCUAAGCAUCAGUCAAAAAGAUUCAAA